UCCGGAUGUCCGCUCGCUGAUGCCGGUCCGCGCCGGCCGGGCGGGGAGAGGCGCUGCGCUGUGAGCGGCGGUACUCAGCUGUCAGCAGCGCGGUGAUGCCGUAUGAAAUCAGUGCGAAAGGCGGUGGAACGUGGUGCUGCUGGGUCUGUGCUCUUGGCUCGCGUUACGGCGCUCGUCAGACAGAGCAGGCAUUGCUGAAUGCCCGAGGGGAACGCCGAUUCCUAUUUAUUUUAAAAAGAGAUUUGCAGGUGCUUUUAAGGUGCUGUGGAUGCCAGGCCGGCAUUUGUAGAACAGCUUGCUGACAGGUACCAUGAGUGGAUGCAGUCAGAGGAGCUGCAGCGCCUGACCGCCUCAGAACCACUGAGCCUGGAGCAGGAGUACGAGAUGCAGCGCAGCUGGAGGGAUGAUGCAGACAAGUGCACCUUCAUCGUGCUGGACACGGAGCGGUGGUCUGAGCAGGCACGUGGGGAUGAGGAGUGCAUGGUGGGGGAUGUGAAUCUCUUCCUCACUGACGCUGAGGAUCCAACUUUGGGCGAGAUUGAAAUAAUGAUUGCAGAACCCAGCUAUCGUGGCAGAGGAUUUGGCAAGGAGGCGACUCUGAUGAUGAUGUCCUAUGGAGUGACAGACCUAGGCAUCACCAAAUUUGAGGCUAAGAUUGGUCAGGAAAACGAAGCCAGUAUCUGCAUGUUCAAGAAGCUUCAUUUUAAGGAGGUUUCUGUGAACAGCGUUUUCCAAGAGGUGACACUGAGGCUGGAUGUCAGUGACCAAGAGAGACAGUGGCUCCUGGACCAGACAAAACAUGUGAAGAAGAAAAACUACAUUGAAGAAAAGCUGCCAGCUGGGGUGCUGGAAAAUGACAGAUAGAGCCAGACACAAACCUGGUUUCAGGGAAAGGUUGGACCUUGUGAGGUCUGACUGCGAAUGACAGGGCUGCACUUGACUGUUUUGAUCUGUUUCCUUUGUCAUCUUGUCACUUUUCCACUUUGUUGCAACAGCUGAGAAUAUUGCCUGAAGUUUGGACCUGGAGAACAGCCACUAAUUCACAGACUUGAUUAGGAACAACUCCAUGACUUUAACGUGCUGCUCCAGCGAGGCCAGUCACCAGCAGUUAAUUGAUUCCUGGCACAACCAGUUCCUGGACAAGCAGCAACCCGUGUUCCCACUUCCACUGCCCUCAGAGCGAGAUUCGUCACUGUUGCAGAGGAAGCCUGAGUGCUCAGGUAGCUCCAUCUGUCCUCUGUUAAAUAAUGAUUAAAAAAUAAAAAUCUCAGGUGCCUCUGAAA